CGUACGACUUCUUUCUAAGACUUCGUGCACGCGCUUGCCUAGAUCACAUGCACGUGCUCAUCACGCUAGUUUGUUAAACAGUGCUGCACCCUGUCGGGUUAUUGUUUUUUGAAUAUUAUGAGCGUUUAUAUGGUAUGAAAUCUGCAGGUAUAAGAUAAAUUGGCCCAUCAUUGUUACAACGAUAGUACACUGAUAUUCGGUAUGAGAAAGAGCCUCAACGGACUUGAAACGAUCUUUCCAACUUCUGACCACGAGAGCGGAACUUCAACUGUCCCUCUAUACGAAGGGGCCCAAGUGGUGGGCGAUAUAAACAAACCAGAAUCACAUCUGAGAUUGAAAACACUCAACCAUAUCCAGCAUAGCAUGAGGUUAACUGACCAAUUGAGUACAACAUCACGAACAAAUCCAGAAGACGCUGACUACCACGAAAAGGAAUACAAGUGUGACCAGUGUCCCAAAAUUUUUCAUUGGAAAAGUAAUUUAAUACGCCACCAGGGGGCACACGACGAUUCUCGUAACUAUAUGUGCGAAAACUGCAAUAAAGUGUUUACAGAUCCCAGCAACUUGCAGCGCCAUAUCCGUUCUCAACAUAUUGGAGCACGUUCUCACGCCUGUCCAGAUUGCGGGAAAACAUUCGCAACAUCUAGUGGCCUGAAACAGCAUAUGCAUAUCCACAGCAGUGUAAAGCCUUUUCGGUGUGAAGUCUGUUUGAAAGCAUACACACAAUUUUCUAAUUUGUGUCGACACAAGAGGAUGCAUGCCAACUGUCGAAUGCAAGUAAAAUGUCAUCGAUGUGGUCAGAGAUUUUCGACGGCUUCUUCUCUGUCUAAGCAUAAGAGAUUUUGUGAAGGGAACAGCUUACAGAAUGGUAGUAGUGUCAUACCCGAACAGCCCAAUUAUCUUCAAAACACAGAAAUGUCAAAUAGUUCAAACCUAACACCUACAUCACUACCAUUCUACCCCAAACCGUGGUUUCCAAAUUAUCCGUCACCUGUUAUGGGUUACCCUAUGUUUCCUAUGGCAUCAAUAUCACCCUUUCAUUCCCUGUUAUCUAGCAACCAGCUGUCAACAGCAUUAAAUACUUUUCAUCUUAACCAGCUUCGGGCAUAUAACAGUAUUUCUGGAGGAGAGCCUGUCUUAAGUCAACAUGGGUCCUCUUCUGAAGGCAAAUACUCCAAAAUGUCAGAAGAUCAGAAAUCAGAUAAAGAAGAUCUUCUAAUGUCUCAAAACGAAGACGAUGAGGAAGAAGAAUUCGAAAACCUCUCUGAUGAGAAGAAAUCUUCCUGGAGAUCUUACCCGAAAAUUCAAGAAAUUCGUGAAUCAAUUGCUUUCCAUAAAGGAUCUCAAGAAGCCAACCAUUUGAACAUUCCUAGUCAAUUUCACUUUUCAGAGAGCAACAAAUUGGCAUUAGAAGAACAUGCGUCAGAGCCUUGUAACUUGCCUUAUGAUUUAAGUAAGUCUUCUGUUCCUAAAGAAGAGAGCGGCAAAAAGGAAGAUAUAAAAGCGAUUGACGAACCGCUCGAUCUAAGAGUAAUAUCAAAGAAAGAUAUUCUAGAUGGUUCUAAAAACAACACGGGUGAAUCAGAAAAUGAGGUAAUAGAUUCGAAAAAAGAAACGCAACACAUAGAGCCGAAAAAAAAAUUUCAAAACAUAUUAUUGACAAAUGGUUCUACAUCGCCUAAUACUCGAAUUCAAGUAAAAGCUACCAGCCCAUCUCACCAAUUAAAACCUGCAGCAACUGCUAUAUCUCAAUUUUCAGGUUUGUUGGGAGGUCCAUCUGUCGGUAUUCCUUACCGAGGCCCAUUUUUCAAUCCUGGUUACACAAAUGGUACUUUUAAUCCUUUCAGUUAUAUUCCAUCAUAUUUCACACCAGGAAAAAGGAUCUUGGAAGAAAUGAACCCUUUGCUCUCUAGAAAACAAAAAGAACGGUAUUCCUGUAAGUUUUGUGGUAAGGUGUUUCCCCGCUCUGCCAAUCUCACUCGCCAUCUUAGAACGCAUACAGGAGAACAGCCGUAUAAAUGCCAGUACUGUGAGAGGUCAUUCAGUAUUUCUUCCAACCUCCAACGUCAUGUUAGGAACAUCCACAACAAAGAGAAACCGUUCAAGUGUACACUGUGUGAUCGUAGCUUUGGACAACAGACUAACCUGGAUCGACACUUGAAGAAACAUGAGUCGAUGUUAUUCGACGAUUGUUUUAAAGAACUAGAAGAAGAUGAAGAAAUGGUAGAAGUAGAAGAUUCCCAGACUAUUACAUGCACUCCCGUGAACACCGUGAAAUUAAGAAGACAAGAUGAAGGCGGCGAUCCAUCAGAAUCUCCCUGCUCCAUAAACUCUGAAGAAGAAGACGAAGAACUUCAUACUUACAAUGACCUACACGAGAACCAAAGUACUCCAGUCAUAGGCAUGCCAAGCCCUCAGUAUGAUAUUAAACUGAAAAGUGGUCCAUCUUCUAUAGAAACGGUGUCACAAUCCGAAACCACUCCUGUCAGCAGUUCUUUUCUGCCCAACAUAUCAUGGUCAGUGGUCACUAAGGGUACAAAUGGUGUCCAAAAACAUUUUACUAACCAAGAUGUUGAAUUCACAACGAAGACCCACAAAGAGGUGCCUUACACAAUGACUGGGAAGAACUGUAUGGUGAUGGUUUAAUCUACAAGUACAGAAUUGUCUCUCACUAAUUUAUCUUCUUUAAUACUCCUACAUGUUCUAGUGAGGUUUAGUCAUGAAAUAACAUACUGCUAACUUAAAAAUAAUUAUUAUCACCUUGAUAUGUUAUGUUUCCCACCAAAUUAUCUUUCUGUGUAUUGUCCGUUCUUUAGGAAUCUUUAGAUAUUUGUAGUUACUUAAUUUCUGAGCCAUUUAAUGUACAGGAGACAAUAUCCUAAACUAAUCAUGAGUUGUUUGUUUUUGAUUGGUGUUCAUGUAAAAGAAAAUAUCUUGUUUGGUUAUUCUUCCAAUAAAUAACAUAAAUUGAGUAA